AACCCAGUUCACAAGAACCGUGGGAGUGCUUUCUCAGAUGACAGCUCUCCUGUAUUAAGGGACUUAUUCUUAGCGUAUGAACCGAUGUACCACAGAGGACUGCCAGCAUGAACAGCAAGCCAUUACUUAUCCAGUGUAUAAAUCUGUGCACAUUUCCGCCUUGAAGCAGAAUGGCCUCCUGCAGUCUCUGUCGGCGACUCCUAAUGGAUGCAGGGAAGCAGGUGUUAAUACGGAGGUUCUACGAGCCAGAGAAGAAUGGGAUGCAGUGGCAAGUGUCCAUCCAGGAGGCAUUGUGGAGAAGCCUCUUGGCCCCAUACCUUUAAUCUCUUUCAAUGAAGCACUGCAGUAUUUCCAGACAGCAGAUCUCUCAGACUGCAGGAAAAGGAUUCAGCCAACAGUGCAAAGGAGAGGACUGGCUGCCAUCACCCAUUUCUUAUUUGGCCCUCCCCGUCUUCAUCAGCAGCUGCAAAGUGAGAGAGACUUAGCCUUGGCAAUAGCCCAGUGUGGCUUGGAUAACAAUGAAAAAGUGCACAUGCGAAUCCUGCAAACCAUCUACAAGAAAUUAACAGGUUCCCGAUUUGAUUGUGCCCGUUAUGGACCCCACUGGGAAGACCUGGGAUUCCAAGGUAUGGGAAGAGGAGGAGAACUACAUUCUGCAAACGAGUGCUUACCUGGUGGGACAGAUCCUGGCACAGACCUACGUGGGACUGGAUUGCUAGGAUUAAUGCAAACUUUAUAUUUUGUAAUGGAUUCUCGGAUAUUACCUGUAGCUCGAGAAAUUUUCAAGCUGUCCCAUCAUGAAACACAGAAUUUCCCAUUCUGUGUGAUGUCUAUCAAUAUUACACGUAUUGUAAUCCAGGUGCUGAGGGAAGAACGCCUUUCUAGGGAGUGCAAUCGCAGACAGCAGGUCAUUGCAGUGCUAAAUGAUUUAUAUGUGGCUGUGUUUUUACGCCUAUUCAACAUCUGGAAGACACAAAAGAAGACCAUUUCUGACUCUGGUUUUGUUCUAAAAGAACUGGAGGUGCUUGCCAGAAGAAACCCAAAGCAGCUGCUGAAGCAUCUGGAGACCCAUGUGAAUGGGAGUGCUAUUUCAGCCAGGGAAGAUGGCUUUCACGCCCAUGCUUUCUCUUCAGAAGUUCUUGGUUCCAGCCAAAGCUCUGUUACUGUUGACAAUAAGGAGCUAAAGUUUACUGGAGUUGGUGAUCUACUGUCUGAGAGAGAACAAGACAGCUGAUCUGGAUCCAGAAGAACUUGGCAGUCCUUGUACAUGAUUAAUCAACAAAGCUGGUUGAUGUGGUCCCUGCUGGUUCUGUGUCCCUGCGGCAAGAGGGUUCACAGGAGAGCUGAAGUGUUUGAAAUGCUGCUCAAGUAGAUCUCCAGUUUCGGGCCAGAGCCACUAGACGAGGCAUAGCAAGAGCCUCAAGGGUGGAGUCUGGGAUCAAGAGCAAACUCUUUCACUCUAGAAUUAAGCAAUCUGGGAAGGGUCCCUUCAUCCCAGUUGGUUGCACUAAAGCUCUAAAGCUGUACCUCUUUUGCAGUGGGGGCAUAAAUAUGAAUUUUGGAAUCCCAUUGCACGCUGAGAAUUCCCAGGGAGAGGACACCCAUUUAUUGAGCUAUAAAACCUGUGCUUAGGCUUUGCUGAAUCUCAGCUAUAAUGAGUCUUGAAUUAUUGCACAAUCCAGAGGCUAGUCCUGAGCCCAUACAGUAUCUCCUUCAGUUAAGAUUUUCUAUGGGAGUAUAUGAGAUACGAAGCUGUUGAAUCUUUUUGUUCCAUCAACUGGGAAGCAUCUGUUCUCAGCUGGUGUCUGCCUGUUUGAUAUAUCAACCUACAGGCGAAUUCUUUUCUCUCUUUAUUGAGCUAAUCAGCAGGAAUCACUAGGUAUUCUGAAACUGUGACUCCACCUGAUGUAUAUGCUGUUGGUCACAGAAAACCAGCAAUGGCACAAUAGCUAUUUAAAUACUUAACCAUGUGAUGGUUGUUACUGUGAACGUAAACCAUCUUGCAUUCUCCAGCCACGUGAUAAGCCUAGUGUUGUCUAGAGUGUGGAAAAGUUCCUUUUUUGGAUGAUAGUUCCAGAAUCCUCUAGCCAACGUGGCCAGUGACUAGGAAUUGUAGUUCAAAAAAGUAAAGUUUCCAAGCUCAGUUCUCAGUUCCAUUCCUCCAAAACCCUGGAUUCUUGAGAGGCUGUUGAUAGUGAUGGAGUGGUAUUACUAGGCUUCCCGUGUGACUUUGAAUAUCUUAUAUGUCAUGAAGCGGAAGUGGCCACAUAAUAAGCUUUUAAACCAUUGCCAUGUGGCUUCCUUAGUAACUUGUGUUCACACUGUGGUCAUCUCAGUUGGACAUCCUGUCCAACUCACCAGCUAUAUGUAAAAAUUCUAGCCCAUGCUGUUGAGAGGCUGUUCCAUUAAACAAACUGCAAUCUUCAACUC